AAGGAAAAAAGAUAAAUGCAAGAUUCGCAAAGGCAUUAUUGAUCGGAUGCAAGUGAAAAGUUGACAGUAGAAUUGUGCCAGGCGUGCGAAUUAUUAGGUGGUUUAUUUUGAAAACAUUUGAGCUCCUCUAACGUUUCACCCAGUGUCGGUAUGUUAGAGGAGUAUCGCCACGAAAUAUGAAUGGAUUUUUCCAAAUCAAUACGUAUUACAAUGAGUUUAAGCAAGAGGCGGACGAUGCUUAUGCCGCUGCACCGACACAACAGCAAACCCAGCAGCCGCAGCAACAGCAUCAGCGUUCCCAGCAGCCAGCAGCACCAUCGCAACAAAUCUUCGUUAGUGACGGUAGCAUCACCGCUAGUGAGCUCCUCCCGCUGAGCAGGAAGCACUCACACUUGACAAAGAACCAGCGAAGGUUUUUGAACGAAAGCGACGAAGCGCGGGAGAAGCGGCUGGCCCGGAACGCGGAGCGAAUGCGCCAGAAACGGGCAAUGGAAACGGAGGAGCAGAGUCGAAAACGUAUGGCCGAAAACGCGGAACGUAUGCGAAGAAAACGAGCAGCCGAAACGGAGGCAGAAUAUCGAUCGAGAAUGGAUCGGAACGCGGCCUUCAAGAUGACCGACGAGUAUCGGCGCCGCCUGACCGAAAAUGCCGAACGCAAUCGAAGAAGGCGCCAGAAUGAGACGGACAUGGAGCGAAGCAUUAGGCGGGCACGGAGUGCCGCCCGGGAACGGUUGCGACGUGCGAUGGAAACACCGGAACAGCGCGCCGUGCGAUUGGCCAAGCUGGCCGAACGGAUGCGUAUGACGCGCGAGCGUUUGUGGACAACGAUCGAAACGCCGGAACAGCGGGCCGAGCGUUUGUCCAAGCUGGCCGAAAGGAUGCGCUACGCUCGGGCAAAUGAAACACCGGAACAGCGGGCAACCCGUUUGGCGAAGAAUGCUGCCCGCGCACGUCAACGAUUCUUAAAUGAAUCACCCGAACAGUGGAUCGAACGGAAGCGGAAAAAGGCGGAAUAUGCGCGCCAGAAACGUGCGGCAGCAGCUGCAAUGGGCGGUAGUGGUAAUGGGUCUGUCUCGUCAAGGCCACCCUCCAGUACAACCGUUAGUCACGCCGCCAGCAGUUUACAGCACAUCCCGAUCGGUUUUCCGGGCCAUGCACCGACAACGUUACCGGAAACGAUUCUCCAUACGAGCGGGCCACAGCCCACCAGUAGCUCGGGCAAUGCGACAGCAUCAUCGUUCGUGCUGAGCACAAAGGACACCAGCAAAGGGACAUCCAUGAAGCACGCGACCCUGGGUGGCACCGUGCAGUUGCAACCAGAACAAAUCUAUUCCACACCGCAGGUUAUAUUUAGCGGUGGCGAUGUAAAACCACACGAGCUGCUGAACGGGCAACACCUGGUGAUGCAGACCGACCCGAACUGUUCCAGCAAUCUAUACAAACUGCACAUACUGCCGUACCCGUUCCCGACGUCCACGGCCGCUUCGGGUGGUGCCGCAUCGCACAUGGAUCAGCCGAGCGCGUACAAAAGCAAAUAAUCGGUAUGGUUGGCGCCAAUGAUAGCCAUACGGGCCAUAUACUGAAUGCUUCAUGUGUCGCGAGAAAUUCGUAAUAAGUUAGCCAAGUAGGAAGCACUGUACCCCGUAACUGCUGCAUCAGUCGCAGAGCCAUUUGGGCCAAUAAUUUGGGCGCAGCAGCGUACAUUGGAACAUUUUAUUAUCCGCUAAACGCGAAGUAAUCGAUUGAACGUGUAAUGCAUUAGUGUGGUUAUUUGGUAUUUUAAUUUUAAUCCUUUGCAUACUUAUACUUCCGCCUAAGCGGAGUAUCCUUCCACUGUUCCUAAUAACGGGUGCGCAAUCAUUACACCCCAGGAACGAUUUUAUCUGUUUUUCUGUUCUCACUUGCUAGUCGUUCUGAAAGAAACAAUAAAUGUAUGUUUCAGCGAACAACAGGAAAGUGUUGCUUUUGCUCCUCGCCCCAUGUCCUACCAUUUAUUGUGAACAUGCAUAUAUUAGCGAGAUUCAUCCGGUGAUCGCAGUGCGAUGCUAGAGUAGCGGAACUGUCGAAGAAAUAAA